CUCUCUCCACAGCCUGAGCCACCCUGCAACUACCUAGCACAUCCAGGUCACUUCCUGCAGUGCAUGUGGCCUCUCCACAUGGACAGCAUGAAGUCCAGUGGGCUGCGGAUGAGUUUACUACUGAUAACACUACUAUUUGGCUUCUGCUGUUUGAUUACAGUGAUAGCUGGUGAAGUAGGAGGUGAAGUGGUCUGUAUUUUCUCUCAGCAGCAGGGCAGAAAGUCAUCUUCAGCCAAGGAUGAAGCUGCAGGUGGAAUCUUUACUCACUCCACAUAUAUGGACAAAAUCUAUGGCUUUUUGAGCUGCCUGGUGGCAGUGCUGCUGUAUGGGAGUAACUUUGUCCCUGUUAAAAAAGUGAACACUGGAGAUGGAAUGUUUUUCCAGUGGAUUUCCUGUGCUGCUAUAUGGGUGGUGGGCUUGGUGGGGGACACACUGUUUCGCUCUUCUAAAGCUCAUCCAGCCGCCAUGCUGGGAGGAGUCAUUUGGGCCACUGGAAAUAUUACGUCUGUGCCGGUGGUGAAGUGUAUUGGCCUUGGGCUCGGGUUGCUGCUUUGGGGAGCCAGUGGGUUGUUAAUAGGCUGGGCAAGUUCAAGGUUUGGUCUUUUUGGUCUGGAUCCUGAGGAAGUCUCUAAACCUGUGCUGAACUACUGUGGGGCUGGUCUCUGUUUACUAAGUGCUGUUAUUUUCUUCUUUGUGAAAAGCGAUGUGCAGAAUCCUACGUCACUCGAAGCAACGCCAAUUCUGAUAGAAGAGAGGUCACUUUCUGACAUUCCUCUUCCCAGUGACUCAUGGGUGGACACAAUAUCACCAAAGACCAAAAGACCACUUGGCUGUAUUAUUGCUGUCCUGUCAGGCUUCCUGUCUGGUUCUGCAUUUGUGCCCAUGCUUUACAUUAAACACCACGCUACAAGCAACAGCAGCAUGUUCGCUGGGUCCAGUCAGAACGAUUUAGAUUACUGUUUUGCCCAGAGCAGUGGGAUUUUCAUUGCGAGCACAGUGUACUUCACCAUGUACUGCGCUGUCAUGAAGAACAGGCCACGGAUUUACCCCCGAGCCAUCUUGCCAGGGUUUUUAACAGGUAUAAUGUGGGGGGUAGGCACAUAUUGCUGGCUCCUGGCUAAUCGGCUUCUCGGCCCUGUGGUGACGUUCCCUAUAGUUACUGCUGGUUACGGUUUAGUGGCUGCUCUGUGGGGCAUAGUGGUCUUCAAGGAAGUCAAAGGGCUUGGGAACGUCCUGCUGUUUGUUUUUGCCUCAUGUGUGGUGCUGACCGGCUCUCUUCUUACGGCCUUCUCAAAAAUCUGAGAAGUACCAAUGCCCACCAGCUGCCUGCAGGAGGCAGCACAUACCACAAAACUACAUCCACACCAUGCCUUACCAGUUAUCCACAUCAAAUUAUUAUAUGAAGUUAUGUGAAUUAAACCCUUUUUUUCUCCCUUUUCUUUUUGUGCACUCUGCUUUAAGGCCUGUUAUAUAAAUGUACUAUUUCUGUCUUUUCCUCUGUUCUGGCUCGUCUGCCUGCUCUGUGUUUAAUAAGCACAUAAAGGUCCUUGUAGCUCAGGAAUUUGCUUUCAGCCAUUCUGCACUCAAUCUAUGAGAGAAAAAAUGCUGUAGGUAUGACUGAGCUCGCGGCCAGUACGCCAAAACAGUUUACAUAGUCCAGCUACAGUGGAACAACUGGGAGCCUUCCAGCAGGCCAAGCCUUUUUCGAAGAGGGUGGUUCCUGUUUAGGGAUGGGACCUUUGCUAGUUUUGGUGUUAUACUGCUAUGUAAAGCCUGUUGAUAAUCAUGCCAUUUAAGAUUUUAAUAAAUUAGAUAACCGUC